AAAAUUGGGGUGUGAAGAGCACGCGAUGGUGGAAGGAUGUAAGAUGUUGAAACAAUAUAGUAGCACCAAGUUUAAUAAAAAUGAGCGUACAGCUCCCAUUUCCAUGAAUGUGGCAACCCGGUUUUCACCGAAUACCACUCUCUUUCCUUUCCUACUUGAAAGUUGAAACAACUUGAAGCGACCCUAGUUUGCCCUUUUCUUGUUUCCACUCCUCAACUUUAAAUAAACACCCCAACAAACUCAACCCCCAUCCCUCUCUCUCCCUCACCUUUCUUUUUCUGCAACCUCCCUCAAAAUGCGACUCAGUUGUAACGGCUGUCGAGUGCUGCGGAAGGGCUGCAGCGAGAAUUGCAGCAUAAGGCCGUGUUUGGAGUGGAUCAAGAGCCCCGACUCCCAAGCCAACGCCACCGUCUUCCUCGCCAAGUUCUACGGCCGCGCCGGCCUCAUGAACCUCAUCAAUGCCGGCCCCCACCACCUCCGCCCUGCUAUAUUUAGGUCUUUGUUGUACGAGGCGUGCGGGCGGAUCGUCAACCCAAUAUACGGGUCGGUCGGGCUGAUGUGGUCGGGCAGCUGGCAGCUCUGCCAGACCGCGGUGGAGGCGGUGCUCAAGGGGGCGCCCAUCACCCAGAUAUCCACCGACGCCGCCGAGGCCAAAAACGGGCCGCCGCUCAAGGCCUUCGAUAUACGCCACGUCACCAAGGACGGUACCCUCUCCGGGUCGGGCGACUUGCACCGGGUCAGGACGCGCUGCCGCUUCAAGCGGUCCGCCUCGAAGGGCAGGCGGAGCCGGGUCUGGGUCGGGUCGCCCGACGAGAGCGGGAACGGGUCUCCGAGCCACGAGUCGGCUCUCAGCCAUCAGUCUGCAACGGCUGAGCCUGUUCCGGAGAGGACGAGCCGCCGGAGCGAGGAGAGUUUGGGUUCGGCUGAGACCCCCGAGCCGGAAGCCCAUGCGGAUCGCAACUCGGAGUCGGAGGAGAGGCUAGACGACGCCGGAGAUGUGAUUGAGCUGGAUCUAACCCUCGGCUUCGAGCCGAUUAAACAGCCGAAAAUGGGGAAGCUUGGUGAAGCUGUUGAGUCGGCUGAGCUUUGUAAAAUGGAGCUGGGGCUUGAUUUGUGAGGGGAAGGGACAUUGAUGAUCAUCAGUUUUGAUAAAUAUAUUCUUUAUUUUCUCAUCUUUUUCUUCCUUUUUAAUUUCUCAGAAUAUACGAGUAUAUGUUUUUGGUGACUAAAUCUCCUUAAGGGAGAAAGACAUGUACACAAAUGUGAUAUGAAUCAUGCAUGUGAUAGAAAUUAAUAUCGACAAUAGAAUUAAAUAUUUUUCAUUA